AUGGACCCGAGAAAGCACCUGAAAUACAGCUUCAGUUACAAGAAACUCGGAUUUGAACCUGCUGAGUUCAAGAUAUGCCUUUCGUCAAAAGUUGACAAACUGUUGGAAUCCUUUGACCUACGAGGAAUCGAAACAGUCAAAAGGAAAGCAAUAAAUGAUGUCAGGGAUCAAGUUUGUAUUCAGGGAUCAAAUCAAUACCUAGCUGGUCGCCAACGGGAAGGAAGACUUUUCGAUUUCCCCCAUUCAACGCGAUACGAAGACGAUAUUCCAGAGCCAAACCCAGUCCAGAGGAGACAGACCCGCACAAAGAACAAAAUAAGGAACAAGAACUAUCACGAGGAGCAGUGUAGACUGUUUAAAGAUAUAUUACGACAGGAGUUUCAAGAACUUUUUCCUUUUAUAGUAAUUGACGAAAAGGGCUUCCUUUCUAGUUCUGUCAGUGGAAGAGAGAUCAAAGCUACAGAGUUCUGCAAUGUCAUUGAUGAAAUUUCAGCUAACUUUCUUAAUAAAAAUUUGAAGACACGUGGUGCACAGGGCCACGACGGGUUAAGCACCCAUUGGCGGACGAAGUUAGAAUCAGUGUCUGAAAGUUGCCAGCGGAUAUUACAGAACAGAAUGGCAGUAGUUGGCUCCAUUGACAAUGACCUAAUGGACCAGGGAGGCUAUAGAAUGUGGAGUGACCACGUGAAAGUAAUAGUUUCAUUCGCAGCGUUAAUGGUUGUUACUAAAAUGAUUAUUGCUGUUGAUGAUCGCGACCGAAAUAUUGAUCCGAGUUUAAUCUUCCUUAUUAUGAUUGUAUUCUUUGUGCUUUGUCAACUUUGUUUGCCAAACCAGUCUUAUCAUAAAUAACUGAAAGUAACACAGAAUUCAAAGUGUCAUUGAACACUGAGUAACUUGAAAAAUGACUGAGUUCUCAAAACUGGCAUGGUCCAGUUAAGUUCCGAGGAAUCUUAUCUAGGACAGCUACCACGUUGCCAUUAUUGACAUUAUACUAUAGCCUUUCCCUCAAAAGUCACAUGAAUGUGCUCUAACGUUAACUGAUUUGUGGAAUACAGGUCUAUUGUUGGAUUUAAAUUAUAAAUUCGAGUUAAUAGGAGCUUCGCUUUUAGCCCAGGCUAAAUCUAUACAUUAUGCAAGGUAAACCUCAGGGGCACCCAACGACAAUUUUCGGAAAAUAUCUGUUCGGAAGACGAUUUGAGAUCUAGAAUUUUCGGAACAUUGGUUGUAAAAUUUCUUGCUUGCCUGCCUCUCCUAGGAUUUUCGAACAUCUAAAAAAUGGCAUAAUUGCCCAUUUUAACGGAUUUUUCCCGUUAAAAGGUCACCUAAAAUUUUCGGGAGCCUUUUUCCAGGCUGAAAUUUUCGAAAAGGUAAGUAUGGAUCCCAAUAAUUUUCGGAUCACUAGACUUUCAGCUAGGAAAUCCGAACAGAUGAAAAAUUUUCACGCGAUAAAAAUAUGCCUAUAUCUAGCGUUUAAAUACUAAAAUACGUUUAACAAUGCUUGGUUUAAGUGGUUUUGAACUAUAUUCUCGUUGGGUGCCCCCGGUAACCUGUUUUUUUAUUGAAAUCCUUUCAUUUUCGUAGGUUACAGAAAUAAUAGGGGUUUUUCUCCAAACAAAUCCCUAUACUUCGACAAAUGCCGAUUGGUCGCCGAUGCUCAUAUUUCGAGCUUGGCCUACUGUGGUUACAGCAACAGCUUUCAACAAGGGAUGAAAACAAUUUACAAAAAAACAAUUGAGAGAUAAAUAAGGAUUAGUUAAGGUUUCUGAGAAACUGCCCACCUACCCCUCCGCUAACCCAACAUUUUGCAAAAAGUGAGAAGUUAUUGUUAACGUUGGGUUUGGGGAGGAGUAGGUUGGCAGCUUCCCUUAACUGAUCCGAUUAGGGGCUGAUAACUGAUCCAAAGAUAAUUUAUCAAACCGCGUCUUCAAUGACAAAGUGACGGUAAAUUCCCCUUUUAACAUUACUUAAACUCUAGUGCAGUCCUCCAGAUUCAGUCGUCGAGUCGUCAUACAUAAAGAGGACUUAAGGUAUGAUUAGAUGUCUUACCAAUCUUUUUUUUCAUUUGUUUGAUUGUCUUUGUCUUAAGUACUCCAUAAAAUGAGGGCAACGCUUUUUUUUAUCCUGUUUCUUUUGUUCGCAGUUCAUAUCAUUAAUUUUCUAGAUUUAUCUUCCUUUCGGAUUCUACUAAGAGGGAAGUGCCCCGGGGAUACUCCGCUAUAAAAAUGACAGGGGUGCUCGUCGUACCUUUUAGGGGUUUAAAUUUGGGGAUUGGUACCGCUUAGGGUGCUAAAACCUAAAAUGACUGCUGCCAGAGUUGUCUCGAUACCUUUUAGGGGCCUACGGUAAGAUUAUCGCCUAUGAGGAUAAAGAUUUAUGACAAAACUUUCAAAAAGUCCUCGAGAAGAAAGUGUUCGAGAGUUAUCUCUAUGACUAUUAAAAUUUGCAGUGCCAGUUAUAUAAUUUGUUGUUGUUGAAUUGUUACCUCUUAGGGGUGGUGGGACACGCACAUAAAACAAGACUCUAGCACCUCUUAGGGUGGUUUCGAAAUUUUCCAACUAGCACCCCCGUCGCUUUUACAGGGGAGUACCCCCCGGGGUAAGUGCCUUUUCUUUAUUGAAUUUUUCGAUAAGUAUCGGUUACUGGUUAAAUUACCCAAUUGAAUCGACUUGUAGCAUGUUUAGAUUGCUUUUUUUGCCUGAACUUCACGCGCUAUGGCCAAGCUCUUUCAAUGCAAACAACACACCUAGUGUCAUGAUAAAUUCCUUUCCUGUGAUGUGAAAGCGAAAGGCCACUGUCUUUUCCGGUUUCUCUUUACAAAGUAAAGUAUUGAACAGUGUAAUAGGGGUGUUACUAGACACAGUAACGCAGUAACGAGUAACGGUAUAACGAGAAAACAAGUAACGGGAUAAAAAUUUAAGAGGUUAAAAAAUAUAUUAAAAAAUAAAAAUUAUCAAACAAAAAUCACAAAAAUGAUUAUCAUUUCUAAAUAGCGUCCUUUUCAAUCGUAAAAAUAUGUGUACAACGCAAGUUCAAAUGAGAACUCAAGAAAAAGAGAGGACUGAACGCUACUUCGGCUGAUCAAUUUGCCGUCGUGUAGUAGUCAGUACGUGUUAGAGUUUUUAAUACAAUGAAAUUCAAUUAUUCCACGAGCGCGCGUUGGAUAUGAGAUGAUAAAUAGCCGACGAGGCGCGUUUCAUUUCAUAUCCAACGUAAUUCCAGGUAGAAUUAUGUAUAUAUAUAAAUAUGAAAGUAUAAAUAAAAUAUCUAAAUAAAAAAUAAAAAAUGGGGGGUCACCAUGCUCGUUUAUUUGCAAUAACACGAUAAAGGAACAAUUUCAACCUCAAAGGAUCAAUUUUCGCGAAAAGACUGGGGCGAGUUUGAAUUUUUCGCCUAUUUUUGUAGUUAAAAGUUGUCUUUGCAGGGCUUAAAUUCUUAUUUACUACAAAGGCGGUUUUCCUGAGUCUGUUUAGACGACCAGCGAGAAUUUUCACCGUAUUUGAUUUCGCAAAGUUAUGCGCAGUAGGAGAUGCGCAGUGCAAAAGAUCUGUCUGUAAACCACCGAUAGGUGUGCAAGAUGGAAAAAUCGAAAUCUCCCAAACUUUGUCACAACAAAGACCCUUGGAAACUAUUUUAGAAAAUACAAGAAUCAGUUCGUUUUGAUUUACAUUUUCCGAAUUAAUAAUUUUUUUUAUGUUUUACCUUUGACAGGCCUCAAAACCGCCGAAAAUGUCCUUCAUCUCCUCCCUUGGUAAUUUGGAAGGGAACCAAAUAGCAUGACUAUUUCGGUCAUACGUAAUUGAAUGAUCCUUUCUUGGUAUCCUAAAGUUUUUAGAAUUUCAAAAGAUUCCAAUUUGAAUUUUUUUUUCCUUCUACCCUCUAAAUCAGUAUUAUCGCAACUCUCGAUUUUGCCUAUUUUAAACGACGAAAAUCCCUUUCUGGUACAUGGCUUUCGAUAUAAAAAUGGUAUUCGUGAGAAAGAGGAAAGCUUCCUCUGUUAAUCUGCGAAAUAAAAUUUUGGGGCAAUUGAAACUGCGAGUUUUGACAACUGAAAAACAUUGACGGUACUUGCUUGAAAUUUACAACCUUUGAACUUGCAUUUGCUUUCAUGAAUGCAGAAAAAUAGGAAUACUCAGCCUAGGCCGGAAAAGCAAUAUUGACGAAAAGGACAUAUUUAUUAAAUAAAGCUGAAAACGUCAUUUCGCAAAAUAGUAAUUGUAUUGAAAUUACUACUUUGCGAAAAAGAUAAAAAUCCGUCUUUUUUCGUUAACUAUUACUUCCAAACACAUUGUCAAUGUUGUCUUAAGUUGUGUUGAGGUUAAUAAGCAUUUUUUCUCCCUCUCCUAUAUAUUUCGUUUCGUUUCGUUUCGUUUCGUUUCGCAAAAUAGAAUAAGCCCAUACAAAGCGUUCUAUAAAAAAGAUCCCACCUAUACUGAGAUUACUACAUCAUGACCAUUUCACUGACAUGCAUCAUCGUUCACCUUAUUAAUUAACAUACUUGCAGUAGGUCAAAGUAGAUGACCUGAGCUUUUUAUCUUAUUUCGUUUAUGUUGUUGCUCAUUGAAUCGCCGAUAUAGUUAUUGUAUUUCAUUGUAAACAAAAUACAUUCAUACAUUCAAAGCCUGAAUCCAAUAUUAAAAAUUUUAAAAUUUAAAUACUUCAAAUACGGCACAAAGCUUGUUUAAGGCCUUUCCUCGCAACCAAUUGGCCACAAAGGCACAAUCUUUUCCACGAAAAUCCUUUAACACCGCGUCCCCCAUGAUAGCUCGCCACGCCAAAGAUUUUACGUGAAAUCGAGGGUUCAGUUCAAAUUCCCCACCCCUAAAGCAUGGGGAUCAAAUUCCCCACCCCCUGGAAGACUCUGAUAAUCAAAUUCCCUCCUCCCCGGGACGGCAAAGGUGUCAAAUGCCCGGGGUAUGCCCAGGGGGGGGGCAUGCUGAAACUUUGAUUUGACCGAUACAUAAGCGACAUAGAUACCUGCACCAGAUAAGUUUCCAUGAAAAGAAAAAAAGAGUCAGUCGUCUAAAUACAUAGUGUCACUCUGAAGUGUUCGCUAGAACAACCCAAAUGCUUAACAAAACCAAUCUCUGAUAUACGUUCCAACAAUACACGCAAAAAAAGACUAUUUUACAACAGUUUGAAAAUUAGGAAUAACUUGUCACUCUUGGAAAAAUAUAACAUAGAAUAUGCAAAAGCCUCCGUGAUAAAAUAGUAUACAUUUCGAAAGUAUGUUUGGAACCACGGGGCUACUUAUGGACGACUGCCACGGGAACUGCAUGUCUCGACAAGUUCUCCGAGUAAGGACAAGUAAGGUGCAUUCCGUCGCCCUUUGAUUUUCCCCACCUCAACGUCAAAACUGUUGUUCACAAAUGGAACGCAACAUGGAAACACUAUUAAAGCUGCUGCAGUUUAUCUGCCCUGUCGUGACAUGUCACAUAAGUUAAAAGUGUCAAGACUGCGGGUGCCUUAUAAGGCCCCAUCCACACUAAUGCGUUUUCGUUUGAAAACGCUUACAUUUUGAUGCGUUUUCGCCUUUCAUCCAUACUAAAACGCCCGAAAACGCUGAGGAAAACGAAGACUUUCGAAAACGGUUUCAAAAGUGGAGCCUUUUGAAAACGCAUCGCAUCGUUUCUGGCGUGGAUAGGUGAAAACGCAUCGAAGUGAAAACGCUUACGUCAUCCGAUGACACCGAAAACAGAUACUUUUGAAAGGGCAUUAGUGAGGAUAGCUGAAAAUAUUUCGCUCCGUUUUCUUCGAGAUGAAAACGGAGACUUGAAAACGCAUUUAAGGUCUCAUUUUUCACCGAUCCCCCUCGCUGCCCGGUCCCCACUAUAUGAACGCCUGAAAUAGGCUUAAAGAUGACAGAAAUGUUUAACCAUUUUGUAUUUCAAAACAAAUAUUUUCUGACGUUAAAAAUUCUGGCUACCUAUUAAUCAUUUGCGGGAAAGAAUAUGCGUGAUGUUGUCAGGCGUUAUGAUAAAAGCAACGCUCAGUUAGCUGAGAAAUUAGGGCCAUUUAUACAUGUACGAAACUCAACUUUAUUUAUCAUAUACUCAUCAACAACGAGUAUUACAUGUGUUAGAACACUGUAAAUUCUUAUACUCAGAACUGGAAAAAAAAAUUGCAAACGAGCAGGAAGAACGCAUUACUCUGGAGAAAAUCCAGUUUCAGUGCUCCACCCAACUUAGCCUCCCACACGGUCGUUUUUGGGGGAUUCGUAUUACACCCAACUCAGGGUGCGUUCGAUUGGGAAAUCUGGAUUUAGAUUUUAAAAUCCGGAUUUCGGAUUUGCAAUCGAACGCGAAAUCCGAAAAACGAUUUCAGCGCUGAGGUAUCUGUUUUUGGAUUUUCAUUUUUACCGUUCGAUUGGGAAAUCCGAAAAAGGAUUUGAAAAACUAUCCUUAAGAUCAGCGGUCUUCCACGCGCACGCAUACUUAGCAAAAAGAAGACCACUGUUCACGAGAAUAGUUUUGCAAAUCCUUUUUCGGAUUUCCCAUGAAAUCCGGAUUUGGAUUUCUUAAUUAAAAUCCACCCUGAGAACGGAUUUCUCGGAGGUGAAAUCCGUUUUUGGAUUUCGCGUUCGAUUGGGAAAUCCGGAUUUAGAUUUUGAAAAUCUAAAUCCGGAUUUCCCAAUCGAACGCACCCUCAGUGUCCCUCUUUUUUUGUGUGUAACACGUACCACAGGCAAGCCAGUUUACGCUCACGGAGCGUCUACUUUUUUUAACAACUAAUAACUGAUUUUAACACAGGGUCCAGAGGAGUUUCGUGUGAAUAAAUGAAUUACUUAUUUAAAGUCUCACCUUGAAAAAUGUCUAUAUAUACCUGUCGCUUAGCACGAUUAAUUAGCCCAAUGGGAUCUUUAUAAAUCUACGGUAAACGAUUUAUAUUCUAAUUCGCUACCCCGCUCAAACGAAUAUAAAACAUUUAUCAUGUAACAAGCAACCUUAAUUGGGGUGUGUCAACACGAGCCGUGUGCGACCCUCUUUAUUAUGCCUUCAUCAACAGAAUGGAUGGAAAUAAUACAACAAACAGAAUGAUAACUCGGAAAUGUAAAAAAUUACAGCAAGAAAAACAACCCUACAAAAUGAUCUAAACUAUGCUCGUAUAACAAUGAUUCAGUAAACAUACAAAACGUGCUAAACCUUUCAUAUAGCAGCAUGCAAAAAAAACUACGUCUAAGAGAAACCCCUGGUCACUGGGUAUUUAAUUUUGAGGGCGUAGGGACGGUCGUAAGACGCGAAUGAAUAUAAAUGAGAACAACUCGAAUAUAUAGCCUACCGCUGAUGAAGCAAUAGUAACAGCAUACCAUGUAACACCCCAAAGAAAAGGUUACAUAACCCAUGAUAAAUACAUUUCUUCGCUUCUUAUCUGACCCAGAUCGACUUUUGAAAAUCAAUAACCGCAAGCCAUAUCCUCGCUGGCGCACGGCACGUCGUCCGAAGAGUGACCGAAGGCCGUCCGACCGCGGCACGAAGUGCCGAGUAUUUUAUACUGUAAGCCGAUCUUGCGAGCCCUCAGUUUCUUGUUUUGCGGUCUAUAGAAUGUGUAACGAAACUGUAACGCGAUCAAAAUAACCCAUUUUUUCAGAGGUUUUCGACGGGUUUUGAUGUUCUAACGACAAACACAUCUCCUCUGGACCCUGUGAUUUUAAUGCAAUACUCAUUGUUUAUUUCCUAUAAUUAGUGUACAUUGUAUGCUCGUGAUUUUGAAACAUAAUUAAGUUAUUAUCUCGUCUUAUCUCUUUGAUCAGAAACUGAAAGCAACAAUUCGGGGAAUACCCCGUGGAAUAAACACGAACAGAUCGUGCUGCAUAAGAACCCCCUAUAAUGUUGUGCUCCACGCAGUUGUCAUAAGCCAGUCAUCGAAAUUCCCUUUGCAACUCGUUAAAGACCCCCUCAUGCCGUAUUCAAAGCAACAGCUGAACUAUUUUCGGAUGAUACACAUUGUUAUGGACAUUUUCGCGACUGUUUUGAGAGAACUGUUCAAGGAAGAGUGGUGUAGGUUUUCAGGUUCAAAAUGGCGCGACAAACGGGAAGAUGGAAGGCGGUUUUUCUUGAAAGAGUCCAUUCCAAAUCGGCAACGGAACAGGGAGGCACUGAAAACUAUCGUUAAAGGCGAUUCGUCGCAGUUUGACAACUCCAUUCUGUUUUACUGCAUUCUACGCUCUGACUCUGUUGGAGCUAACCUAAAGAACAGAAAUCCUUGGAAGUAUGACGAAAUAGACCAACUUCGGGUGCUGCGUAAUAAGGUUUGUCAUAUUGCCCCAAAAGAUGAAGUGGAAGAUAUCGACUUUCAAACCUUUUGUUCUGAAACUAUUACUUGUUUCAAAAACCUUGAUCUUUCAACAAGUGCCUUAGAAGCAAUCGCCAAAGAGCAGAGCUUUGAUACGAACGAGGUUGUCAGAAUGAGAGCAGAACUGGCGAGGGAGCAGAUGACUAUAAGGGAAUAUGAACAGUACUUCUGUAAAAAGUUGUCUAGCUUGAGGAAGGAUUUCAACCCGAGGCCUUAUCUUGGCAAGCUGAAAGGUCUAGGCAUUCUGUCAGAAAGAGAAGUUGAGAAGAUUAAAAAACAGAAGAAAAGAGAGGUAAAACUUGCUAUGCUUAUAGAUUCUGUUGUUUACAAAGGGACGGAUGCUGUUGCAGCGUUUCUGAAUUUUCUGAGCGAGACAGACCCGGAAAUAGCAAGUUCUUUUAUGGAUUUUCUCGCCCCAAGCAAGCAAAUGGAAGAAAUUUGUAACUAUGCUCCAAAGAAAAUUCAUCGAGCAACUGUGAAGUACCCAAAACUUUACAAAAGUGUCAUGCAAACUUUCACCAACGCCAUUUACAAGCUAGACUGGGAAGAGUUUAAACGACAGUCGGCAAUUUUCCUCUGCAACGUUCAAGACUGGGCGACUAAGCUCUUUGUACAGAUCGAACUCGCCUAUGGCUACAACAUUCAAGGAGAGAGUAAAGAAGCCAUGCUUUUGUUAAAUGAUACUAUUGCGAAUUCUUGGAAAGCUGGAGAAAAUUCUCCGCGAAUUCUAUCAAGGGUACUCGCAAGAAAAUCUUUGAAAAUGGUGUACGAACAAAAACAUUCCGAGUCAAGGGCCUUGGCCGAGGAAGCAAGUGGCGCUGUGUCGACCAUUGAGAGCCCAGAAGAAGAGAUUGUUUGGCAGAUACGGAUUGUUGAGUGUUUACUGAACGAGGACGGCUCACUGGAAAGCAGGAAAGAGAGAUUUACGCCUAUUUGGAACUCGGUUAUUGAACUGUGUCAGAGAAACAUGGAUAGCGUUCCUAGAAGUCCUUUUUAUCUUAAAUUUGUUUUUGCCUACAAAGCACUUUUUUAUCUUGGGUUUUCAAAGAACGGUUUCGAUCCCUAUCCCAGCAGUGUUUCAGAUCUUGACGAAGCAGAACGCUGUGUUCAAAGGUUAGAGGAACCAGACUUAAAAACAGACCCUGAGGACACCUACGCAGACGCAUUCCGCUUGAUUUGCAAAAGCAAAAUUGCAUUUGACAAAAGCAAAGUGGCUGACGUUGCAGGAGAGGUGGAAAAAAGGGAAAAGGAAGCGUUAUCACUGUAUGAAAAAGCCGCUGCAACUUGUAAAAGUGCCAAAAACAACGGAAUCUUGUUCAAGUUAUCUUCCCUGAAAGAAUACUUAGAAAAUGACAAAGAAAGUGGAAACUAG